ACGGAUAAACCGAUGGUUCCAUUCCUAUCAGCAGCACUAGAGAGCAUUCUACGUUCACUGCUGUCGAGAAUUGUAAAACGGGAAGUUCUCGAUGCUGCUGACACGAUCGCCAAGUUGAUGAAGAUAGACGUAAGCAUACCAGAAAAUGCAAUAAAUGUAGCUGCAUUCGACCUUGGGUUUUCGGCAAAAAACGAGCUCCGCAAGAACAAGAAGUUGUCACAGCUUGCAAUAAUGAAUUUAAAGAAAUGCUGCAUAUCAUUUGUCAAGGCUUGUGCACAGAAAGUGGUGGAGAGAUCGCCCCUUAAGUACAAAUUGGCCGUGGGUGCAGGCUGUUUGGACCCUGUCUGUGCAUUGUCUUUGGAGGCUGGCCCCAGGCGGCUUACGCUGGCACUUGAAGUACUUUCCGAGCACCACUGGAUGACUGGCUUGCAAGCAGAGCGAGCCCAUCGCUCCUACGUGAAGGUGUGCUCAGAAAGCACUACACAGACACAGCUGUCAAAUUUUGACAGGAAGCAACAGAGGCUGGAUACUCUGUGGACAAGCAUAUGUUCCCAGGAUCACAAGGAGCUGCAGCUCUUUGUGAAACUUGUCUUGUGCUUAUCUCACGGCAACGCUGCGGUAGAGAGAGGCUUUUCUGUCAACAAGGAGUGCCUUGUUGAGAAUUUGAAAGAAGAUUCUCUUGUGGCACAGAGAGUAGUGCAUGAUGCAGUCUUGGCAGCAGGUGGCGUCGCUGAAGUAGACAUCACUGACAGGAUGGUGAAGACAGUUCGCAGUGCCUACAGUGUCUACAGGGAGCAGCUGCAAACAAAGAAGAGAGAGCGAGAUGAAACAACUGAAUCGGAGAAGAAGAAAAAGAGAGCAGCAGCUCUGAUUAAAGAGCUACAAGAAAAAAAGCAAAGGCUGCUCAGUGAAGCGCAACUUGAAGCUUCUAUUCUUCAGGACGAAAUAAACUCCCUCAAACCCUAAUUGAAGUGCAUUUCGAGAAUGAGGGCAGUUGCAAUAAUUAUGUUUUCCUCUACAAUGAAA